UGUGUGGAGCUGGAGAGUGUCGCUGUGGCGAUGCCGAGGCACUGAGCUGCCUUCAGUUCACCGCCGGGCGGGAUCUCUGCUGCACAGUGCGCAGCGUAUGCGCCCCCCGCCAGCACACUGGACUAGUUUAUCACACAUAUGAUCGAGGAUUUGGAUUUUAACUCUUAUUGUUUCCUAUGUGACAACCGGUGGACAAGACUUUACGCAGGGAAAUAGCAGGUGAGUCUACGUGGCUACACCUGAGGAAUAACUCCUCGCUGAAUUUGAAACCAGUUUGUAUUCUCCUUCCAAUCCCACUUGUUGAUGGGGCACUAACAGGUUAUACCCGCAGUCACACCACGGAUGUACUCCGUAUGCGUAAUUUGGAUAAAACCUGAGCGACGGCAGAGCGAAGGAAGUUUUGACCUGUGAGGUUUUGUGGCAGUUGUCGGUGAUGUUUGGCGACCGGUAACAGCUAUCGGCAUCAGAUCGUAUUACACAGGCUGCUAACAGCGGCAUGGGGAACCAGAUGGACAAGCUGUCACAUUUAAGUUAUGCAGAAGUUCCUACAGUGGACCCGAACGGCGUGGACACGGAGGACGGUCCACGGAUCGGAGUCUCUUAUAUAUUUUCUAACGACGACGACGAGCUGGAGGAUGGCUGUGCGGUCGAUAGUACAGACAGAGACCCGAAUCAGGAAGAGAAACAGUACGACCAGCAUGACGAGGUGGAGUGCGCCGUCUAUAACAGAGAUGAAUGCAUUUACGAGAAGAGCGCCAAGUCUGCCAACCUGGAGGUUUACUCCCCUGAGAAUCUACUAAACAAAUGUAAAGCAGGUGACUUGGUGGAGUUUGUGGCUACCGGUCAGUACCCGCACUGGGCUGUUUACGUGGGGGACUUCCAGGUGGUGCACCUGCACAGAGCCGAGGUGAAAAACAGCUUCUUGACAGAUGCGAGUCAAGGCAGGAGGUGCAGGAUUGUGAACGACUUUUACAAAUUCAAGGCUCUGGGUCCAGACAUGGUGGUGCAGAACGCGAUGGAACAAGUGGGUUUAAAGGACCGGGAGCUGAGCUGGAGAAACUCCGAGUGCUUUGCAGCCUGGUGCAUGUUCGGCAAGAGGGAGUUCAAAAUGGGUGGGGAGAUACGGAUAGGCAAACAGCCCUACAGGUUGAAAAUAUUCAUGUCCGACAAACACUCGCACGUGUUGGAGUUUCAGAGUUUGGAGGACAUGGUCAUGGAGAAGAGGAGGAACGAUCAUCUGGGCAGGACAGCCGUGUUGCAGGAGCUGGCCACUCAUUUCAGCCGCGUGGAGGAGAUAAAAACUCACCCAGACAGCAGAGUGUCAGAGCUGCUCGCAGAAGAGCUUUCUGCCUUUAAGGGUAAUUCUUACGCCAACAUAUCUGAAGAAAAUGUUGGGGAGCUGAUCUGUGUUACACUGAUCAAAGUCUGUCGUAAUUGUACCCAAAGGUAAAGUAAACCAUCCUGUCUCUUUUUGAAAUGAA